AUGCCUGUCCUGUCCCCGACCACAGGGCUCCAUGAGCUGCUGGCCCUGCUGACGUCUCAGCUGCAUCCAGAUGCCAACCAGAAGGAGGACCUGGUGUUCCUCAAGGAGGUCUUCAGCGAGAGGAGUCUGGGGUUCCUCAUGAAGAUCCAUGAAAGGCUGAGGUUGUACCAACGGCAGAGUCCGACACCAGUAUUGAACAGUGCCUCCUAUCUGGCUGAAGACGUGGUGGAGGAGCUGCAGAGUGGAGCACUGGAUGGAGACGAGAGGGAGCUGUUCAUGCUGCUCACCACACCUCAUGUCAAGGCUGUAUUGAGUGUACAUGACACGGUGGCCCAGAAGAACUUUGACCCGAUCCUCCCGCCGGUACCAGAGGACCUAGACGACGAGCUGGAGGAGGAGUCAGUCAAGAUCGUACGCCUGGUCAAGAACAAGGAGCCACUCGGUGCGACCAUCCGGCGGGAUGAUGUGACUGGUGCAAUAGUGGUGGCCAGAAUCAUGAGGGGAGGGGCAGCCGACCGCAGUGGUCUGGUGCAUGUGGGAGAUGAGUUGAGGGAGGUGAACGGCAACCUCAUCAUCCACAAGAGACCAGACGAGAUCAGCCAGCUACUGUCCCAGUCCCAAGGCUCGAUCACACUGAAGAUAAUCCCCGCCAUCAAAGAGGAGGACAGAAUCUGUGAAAGCAAGGUGUACCUGAGGGCGCUGUUUGACUAUGUGCCGUUCGAGGAUAAGGCAACCCCAUGCCAGGAAGCGGGCUACCCAUUCCACCGCGGCGACAUCCUACAGGUGGUGAGCCAGGACGAUGCCACCUGGUGGCAGGCCAAGCGUGUUGGUGACAGCAACCUGCGAGCCGGACUCAUCCCCUCCAGGCAGUUCCAGGAGAAGCGACUGAAGCACAGGAUGAAAACGGGUACCUACCAGGGUCCCAUAUCCCCCACCGCUCCACCAUCUGACCAGACUAGUGAACGAGAGGACUGUGACAGUGAUACAAGUGGCAGUGGCCAGCACAUAGCUGUAGUUUCUCCCAAGUGGAAGGCGGGAACACCGUCGUGUGGCCAGGCUUUUUCCUGGGAGUUUUACACAGCCGGUCUGCGUAGGAGUUUCCGGUUGAGCCGUAAGGACCGCCAGGCCUCAGGGGAGACGCGGCCACCAGACGAACCGGAGUUCCUGAUCUACGAAGAAGUCACCUACUACCAGCAGAAGCCCACCGACCGACCCCGACUAGUCGUACUCAUUGGGUCCCUGGGUGCUCGUAUCAAUGAGCUGAAGCAGAGGGUGAUAGCUGAGAACCCCCAUCGCUAUGGUGUAGCAGUGCCACACACCACUCGAGCCCGCAAGAGCCAUGAGAAGGAGGGAGUGGAGUACCACUUCAUCUCAAAGCAAGCUUUUGAGGCCGACAUACAGGCCAACAAGUUUAUUGAGUUUGGUGAGUACAAGGACAACCAGUACGGCACCAGUCUGGAGUCCAUCCGCACUGUACUGGCCAGGAGCAAGCUCUGCCUGGUGGACAUCCAGCCCGAGGCCCUGAAGAUCCUCCGGACAGCGGAGUUCAAGCCCUACGUCAUCUUUGUCAGGCCACACGUGAGUGACAGCCUAGUGACACGCAGCGCCUCCCUCUCACCCACCAGGAGUGACAACGGACACAUCACAGAUGAGGACCUGCAGGAGAUGCGUCACUCUGCGGAUCAGAUGGACCUGCAGUACGGCCACCUGGUGGACCGCGUGCUGGUCAAGGAGGACACGGCCACCGCCGUCACCGAGCUACGCAACGUCCUCGACCGCCUCGACAAGGAGCCCCACUGGGUCCCCGUCCCCUGGGUCCGCAGCUAG